AUGAAGGCCACACCCCUCAUCAUCAAUUGGCACGAGCAGAACGCGCCCGUCUACUCGGCUCACUUCGAGCCCAGCGGCAAAGGUCGUCUGGCUACUGCUGGUGGUGACAACCACGUUCGCAUCUGGAAAGUCGAGACGGACGGCACCGAUCGCAAGGUCGAAUACCUCUCCACCCUCUCCAAGCACAAUCAAGCCGUCAAUGUUGUUCGUUGGGCCCCCAAAGGCGAGCUUAUUGCUUCGGCCGGUGACGAUGGAAAUGUCAUUCUCUGGGUUCCCAGUGAACUGAACUCGUCGAACUUUGGCUCGGAUGGACUCGACGACAAGGAGUCAUGGCGUGCAAAGCACAUGUGCCGCUCAAGCGGUGCCGAAAUUUACGACCUCGCCUGGUCUCCGGAUGCUGCCCAUUUCAUCAUUGGUAGCAUGGAUAACAUAGCCCGAAUCUACAGUGCCGCAACAGGAAUCCUCGUCCGACAAAUAGCAGAACACAGCCAUUACGUCCAAGGCGUCACCUGGGACCCAUUGAACGAAUACAUUGCCACCCAGUCGUCCGAUCGAUCAGUCCAUAUAUACUCCCUCAAAACAAAAGAUGGACAGUACACUCUCAGCCAAGAUGACAAGCCUCCCAGACUCGCCAGCCACAUCAAGGCUGACCUGCCGCCGAGACGAAUCUCGUCAAGUAGCCCGGCUCCUCCCGAUUUUGGUCACCGAGCGCAGCUUUCCGUCGUCGACUCAAAUACAUCCAUUGGAUCACCAGUCCCGUCAGCACCAGGAACGCCAACGUCGUUCCCGCUGCCCAUGAACCCUCCCAGCGUCGUUAGCCACAGUCGCCGGUCCUCGUUCUCGUCUCGUCGAUCUGCGUCGCCGGCGCCUUCGCUACCACUCCCAGCUGUGAUGCCCAUGGAGGCAUCCCCGAAACCACACGCCUCAUCUGGGCUUCUCGGACUCGGCAUGAAGAAUGCAAGCCUCUACGCAAACGAGACUUUGACGUCCUUCUUCCGACGCCUCACCUUCACGCCCGAUGGUAGCCUGCUGCUCACGCCUUCUGGUCAAUAUCAAAACCAACACCAGGGAGACAAGGAUGCGAAACCCACGUAUGAAAUCAUUAAUACUGUCUAUAUUUACACGAGAGGAGGCAUCAACAAACCACCCGUCGCGCAUCUACCGGGCCACAAGAAGCCGUCCGUGGUGGUCAAAUGCUCUCCCCUAAUCUAUACCCUUCGCACUACUCCUCCGAAGACCAAGCAUAUUACUAUCGAUACCUCUUCUGCGGAAGUAGAUAUCCCAUCACUGCCAGAACCACUGUCGAGACCAACGUCACCAGCGCCGGUCAUGGAACCGCCGCCGCCACCUGUUGCUGUUGCCGACGUUACUUCGACGCCAGUCAAGCCUACUAGCGCAGAAACGAGUGCUACUACGCCAGGCCCCAAGCCGGCUUUUUCCCUGCCGUAUCGAAUGGUCUAUGCCGUUGCCACCCAGGAUUCUGUUCUGUUGUAUGAUACCCAGCAAAAAACGCCAAUCUGUGUCGUCAGUAACCUGCACUGCGCGACUUUUACUGAUCUUGCAUGGUCAAAUGACGGACUUACAUUGCUUAUUUCGUCAUCCGAUGGCUUUUGCUCUACACUUUCCUUUGCAUCCGGGGAGUUGGGAGAAAUUUACCACGGCGAGGCCACACCGACGACAGCGUUCGCGCCCCCCUCUCCCUUUCCCAGCGGCUCCGGGUCACAUCAUCAUCGCACCUCGACUAGCUCGUUUACGGCGCCAUCGCCACCAGCUUCAGUCACUGCUGCUUCACAGAGGCCGCCCUCGCCGGCGAGAUCAAACUCUACAUCCUCCGUCGCAACUCAGUCGUCCUCGAUGCCCAAAGGAGGCGUGGUAAGCAACCCCACGCUCAUAUCGGGCACUGUGCCUGGCGUCGCUGCCACCAAUUCAGGCAAAAUAACUGGCGUUCCCAUGACCACUCCACCAGAAACACCUAAUAGCACAGGGGCUGGUAGUAAGAGGGACGCAACGGACAACGAAAAGGAGGAGGGAAAGGAGCCAAAAAAAAGAAGAAUUGCCCCGACUCCAGUAGAGUCGAAGGGCCUGUAA